AUGACUACUCCUAGUGUAGAAGAUAAAUUGCGAGCAGCAGCUUAUGCUGCUCACGUUCAAGUUCCAGAUGUAUUCAGGAUAUACGAUCAUCUUAGAACUGGCUUUAUUACAAGAUCUCAAUUUUUACGCUGCUUGGAUCAAUCUUUCAAGCUGCAAUUGAACAAUAAGGAUGAAUCCUAUUUAUGGGAACAAUACGGAUGGCAAAAGCCUGAUCAAAUCAACUAUGCAGAAUUGUCCAAGCUUAUCAGUUGUAAUUUUGACCCAUCAAAGUUCAUAUCAAGACCUGAAGAACAGGGUACACAAGAACAAACCGCUAGAUUUGUAAAACAGUUCAACAGGCAAACUUUGAGCGCCAAUUCCGAGCGAAAGUGCUUAGAAAUAUUGCGAAGGUGCAAAAAUUUCUGCCAGGGUCAUGGAAUUGACGUUAGAAGCUGCUUUCAAGAUUUUGAUAAGCAUCGCGAAGGCCGCGUUAGUGAAUAUCAAUUUUAUCGAUGUUUUCCUGGACCGUCAAAUGUAUCUGAAGCUGAUUUAAGGCUAUUAGCGGCAAGAUACUAUGAUAAUAGGACGAGGUCGUAUGACUAUAUCAAAUUUCAAUCGGAGAUCCUAAAUCUUGGUAAGCUAUCUACUAUACUUACAGUGCCGUAUAGAAUUGAAAUAUACAUCGCCUAUAUUUUAAUAUUGGAUGCACAUGGCAUCAGGACAACUGAUUUUUUCAAAGACUAUGACAAGCAUCACAAUGGUGUUAUUACAGAGAAUCAGUUUUUAUGUGGUCUUUCCUUGGUUUGCGGGCCCUAUUUAACACUAACCCGAGAUGAACGUCAAAUCCUAGUCGAUAAUUUUAAGCAAAGUAAUCAAAGAGUUCGAUACCGUGAAUUUUGUUCAAAAAUGGAAAAUCCUUUUGUUGAUCCUGACUUGGAAGUUAAGCCCCUUUCCAUCACGUACCAACCACCCAAAGGUGCAUUAGCAAGGCCUGCAGUACAGCUGACUGAAAAAGAAGACAUGGAACUUCAUCGAAUUAUUUCAGAAAUUGGUAAUACUGUUCGCAAGCGACGAUUAUUAUUAUAUCCCUAUUUCAAAGACUUUGACAAGAAAUCAGGAUUUAGCCGUUCCAUUACAAGAGAUCAAUUCGCUCGUGCACUGCAGUUUAUUUCUAUAGCCUUACUGCCACAAGAUUUACAGCUAUUAUACAAGCGAUUUGAACAUCCUAAAGGCAAAGAGAUUGACUAUACAGCAUUUAUACAAGCUGUUGAUCAAGAAUUUAUCGCAUCAACGCAAGAUUCAAUUUCAUCUAAAUUUCCGAAAAAAGAACAACCAAAAGCCGUCCAGACGCUUACCGCAAAAUCACAGACAUCAAGCCUUGACGAUCUAAUUGCUCGAAUUAAGCAUAUCCUGCUAACCAAUCGAAUCAGGGCAUUCGAAAGUUUUACCGAUUUUGAUACAUUGCGUUGUGGUUCUAUUACUGAGAAUCGUUUCAGAAUGGGAUUAUCUAACAUGGGUUUUAGCUCUAUGGGCAAAUAUAAUUUGGCAGAAAGUGAAUUUAAAUCUCUCUGCAAACACUAUGCCGAUCCAAAUCGUCAACAACAUGUUUUAUGGAGAUGUUUUAUGGAUGACGUUGACCAAGUAUUUACCGGCAAAGAACUUGAAAAAACGCCUAGCACAGUUGUCGCUCCAUCUGAAACAGCUUUACUUCCUAGGCUUGGUGCAACCAAUUGGAACAAUGUGGAAGAUAGAAGAAAAGAGCGUUUGAAUGCAAUACUUCAUCGCAUGAAGAAGAAUAUCGAGCAGCGACGAGUUUUAGCGACUCCAUUCUUUCGUGAUUUUGACAAGCAUAAUCAUGGCCAUGUUACAUCAUUUCAAUUCCGUCAAUGCCUAACCUAUAUGGGAUUGCAUACCUCUGAUGAAGAAUUACAGAUUAUCGAGGAAAAAUUCGCUGAUAGUGAGGGAUUUAACUAUGUUGAAUUUCUUCAAGUUGUGCAACCUGAAAAACGUGAUCAACCAACAUAUGCUACCCGUCUUAAUGCACGUAAUAUCGAUCAGUUUUCAACUAAUCCUUCGGAUGGCUUCACAUCACAUUCAACGGAAGUACGGCAACUUAUCGAUAGCUUGAAAUCUAAGGUGAUGAAAGAGCGUAUUCGUGUAUCGGAAUUUAUGCGCGAUUACGAUCGCUUGCGAAGUGGUAGAUUACAACGAGCAACCUUUAGGAGGGCCUUAGAUUUAUGCCGAUUUGGUUUGAAUAUCGAUCAAUAUAAUCUGAUUGAAAAUACCUUUCUAUCUACUCAACAAGAGGGCUAUGUCGAUUAUGUCCGAUUUUGUGAUGAAAUUGAAUCAGCAAUUACGGUUAAAGGACUGGAAAAAGAUCCGUUAGCUGAAGUAAGCCAAUUUUCUGUUAGUCGCGAUGUUAUACACAACGAAUUGACAAGGGAGGAGCAACAAUUAUUGCAAUCUGUAAUGACCAAAUUAGCGGAAAGAGUACGCCAACGACGAAUUCAGCUAUUCCCCAUGUUUGAGGAUUACGAUCGUGUUCGUAAUGGGAAUGUCUCUAAAUCUCAGUUCCGUCGUGUUUUGAGCAUGUUGGCUCUUGACGGCGCUGUCAGUGAGCACGAAUUUGCAGUUCUCGCUAAAAAAUUUAUCCAUUCUGUUGGUGGCCGUAGCGAUAUUGAUUAUGUUACCUUUAGCGAUUGCAUCUAUGACAUGUGUGGAUUUGAAUGGCGCAAGCCUUAA